CAGCACUCCCCCACCGAGGGCUUCGGGCGCCUGCCGAUAAAAGGCUCCGAGGGAGGAAAUGCCAAAAUCGCAGCGUUCGGCUCCGCGCUGAGCACCCCCUGACCCACCCCGGCGAAGAUCGGCGUCCUCGGCCCUGGCACCCCGCUCCUGCCACCACCCCCGUGCCAUGCGGGCACUCAGCCUCGGCCUGGUGGCCCUGACCUGUGCCACGACCGCUCUGUGCGCUGCCGGAGCCCAGCGCCGGGCGCUCGAGGGGGGCAACCGCCGGCGAUACCACCGGGUGCAGCACGGCCACUGCAGCUACACCUUCGUGCUGCCCGAAGCCGACCCACCGCCGUGCCAACCCGUGCCCGCCGUGCCCGGCCCUGCCAACGCGCUGCUGCAGCGGGACUCGCCGCUUGGCACCGCUCACGCCGGCCACGGGGCCGCCCAGCGCCUGCGGCACCUGGAGAGGAUCCUGGAGAACAGCACCCAGUGGCUGCUGAAGCUGGAGAGCUACAUCCAGAGCAGCAGGAGGCCUGGGCUGGCGGAGCUGCGGCAGACGGCGGUGCGGAACCAGACAGCCUCCAUGCUGCAGCUCAGCAGCUCCCUGCUCAACCACAGCGCCGAGCAGAGCCGCAAGCUCACCCACGUGGAGGCACAGGUGCUGAACCAGACGCUGCGCAUCGAGAUGCAGCUGCAGGAGAACUCCCUGUCCACCACCAAGCUGGAGAAGCAGCUGCAGCUGCAGACCAACGAGAUCCACAAGCUGCAGAGCAGGAACAACAUCCUGGAGGUGAGGGUGCUGGAGAUGGAGACGAAGCACCAGGCGGAGCUGGCAGGGGCCCGCUCGGAGAAGGAGAAGCUGCAGCGCCUGGUGAGCAGGCAAAGUGGCACCAUUGAGGAGCUGGAGAAGUCACUGCUGGCCACCAGUGCCAACAGCAGCCUGCUCCAGCGCCAGCAGCUCCAGCUCCUGGAGUCAGUGCAGAGCCUGGUGCAGAGCCUGGUCGCCCAGGGCAGAGCCCAGCUGCCCAGGCAGGAGCAGCUCUUCCAGGACUGUGCUGAGGUUCUGCGGGCAGGCAUCCAUUCCAGCGGGGUCUACACCCUCCACAUUGCCAACCUCAGCGAGCCCAAGAGGGCGUACUGUGACAUGGAGACGGAGCGCGGGGGCUGGACGGUGAUCCAGCUGCGUGCCAACGGCAGCCUCAGCUUCCAGCGGAGCUGGAGGGAGUACAAGCAGGGCUUUGGGGACGCAGCUGGGGAGCACUGGCUGGGCAAUGAGGCUGUGCACCUCCUGACCAGCCGGGCACCCUACGCCCUGCGAGUCGAGCUGCAGGACUGGGAGGGCACCCAGGUCUAUGCCCACUAUGGGAAGUUCCAGCUGGGAAGCGAGAAGCAGCUUUACAGGCUGUCACUACAGGACUACAGUGGCACAGCUGGGCAGCAGAGCGGCAUGGCACUGCAGGGCACCCACUUCAGCACCCGCGACGCCGACAACGACAACUGCCUCUGCAAGUGUGCCCAGAUGCUGUCGGGAGGCUGGUGGUUCGAUGCCUGUGGGCUCUCCAACCUGAAUGGGAUCUACUACCCUGCCCGGCACAACGCCCGCAAGCUCAAUGGCAUCCGCUGGCACCACUUCCAGGGGCCCAGCUACUCCCUGAAGGGCACCCGCAUGCUGAUACGGCCUGCCAGCUUCUAGCCUGCCAGCCUGGCAUGCGAGGAGGGGUCCAGGAGAAAGAAGGGACUGCUGCGGGAGGCUGAGCCCUCCCAGGAACCUUUCCCCCCACCCCAGUUUGGUUUUGUUCUUCUCCCCUCUGCGGGCAGCCUGCAGCUCGCCCAGCGGGGCUGUGGCACAGUGACCGUGCCAGAGGGGCCCACGGGCAGUGGCAGGGUGCCCUGCUGGCCUUGACCUCUGACACCCACCCAAACCCACCUCAGCUUCUCACCCCGUGCUGCUGCUGGGCCUCAGGUGUUUUUGCCCCAGGGCUGGGGGUCUGAGGAGCAGGGGGUGUCUUUGGGGACCCCGAGGGGGCCAGCCCCGGG